AUGCCCGACAACCCACCCCCAGAAGAUGAUCCCCCUCACAUUUCUCUAAGCGCAUGGUUCCUCACAGGAGGUACCGGCCGCCCACCUACGGAGAAGGGAUUUCACCGCAUGGCUUCGGAACGCAAGGCCGCACAUCGCAGAGACAAGGAACUUUUUACGGAACGCAAGGAAGCACUUGCUAAGGUCCUUUUUGGUAAAGGCAAACCGAAAAUUUCUCGCAAGGAUUUGAUGAGCAAGUACGGGAAGAAGGGAGUUUCGAGAGGAAGAGCAGAUGAUGACGAUGCAGCCGCCGGAGCGGCUGAGGAUGACCCUCGACUUGUUGAUAAAAAUGGGACAGAUGAUGCUGUAGGUGACGCUGGAGGUGAAGGCGGAGAAGAUGAUGCAGGAGCCUAUGAUGCUGGGGGGGAUGGUGGAGAAGAUAGUGCUGAAGGUGAGGACAAAGGAGGCAAUGCACCAAACAAUGGAGGGGAUGGUGGAGAUAAUGCUGCAGUUGGCGCUGGAGAUGAGGACGGAGGAGAUAAUGCUGCAGUUGGCGCUGGGGGUGAGGAUGGAGGAAACAAUGCACGAGCCGAUGAUGCUGGAGGGGAUGGAGGAGGAGAUAAUGCUGCAGUUGGCGCUGGAGGUGAGGACCGAGGAAACAAUGCACGAGCCGAUGAUGCUGGAGGGGAUGAUAGUGGAGAUAAUGCUGCAGUUGGCGCUGGAGGUGAGGACCGAGGAAACAAUGCACGAGCCGAUGAUGCUGGAGGGGAUGAUAGUGGAGAUAAUGCUGCAGUUGGCGCUGGAGGCGAGGACGGAGAAGAUAAUGCUGCAGCUGGCGCUGGAGGUGAGGACCGAGGAAACAAUGCACGAGCCGAUGAUGCUGGAGGGGAUGAUAGUGGAGAUAAUGCUGCAGUUGGCGCUGGAGAUGAGGACGGGGGAGAUAAUGCUGCAGUUGGCGCUGGGGAUGAGGACGGAGGAGAUAAUGCUGCAGUUGGCGCUGGAGAUGAGGACGGAGGAGAUAAUGCUGCAGCUGGCGCUGGAGGUGAGGACAGAGGAAACGUUGCACAAGCCGAUGACACUGGAGGAGAUAAUGCUGCAGGUGACGCUGGAGGUGAGGAUGGAGGAGACAUGUACCUUCCUAAAUAUCAUGAUUCCCAAGCUGACUUUAGUAUGCAGGCACAAAUUGAUACUCCAGAGAUUGGCAGCAGCGGAAAUAAGACUGGUGGCCGUGUUCGGGAGAUCGGGACUUCAGCAGAGGCUGAUAUAUUGACCAAGGGCUUCGAGUACACCUGGUGUUGA